UACCAUCGCAGUAUAGAGAGGAGUAGUACCGGUAGUACUAUACAGUUUUAGAGAUCAGUGACUAUACAUCUGUGGUGCCGGUGCUGCGCACGCAAUUGAUAUUUCUCACAAUCAGUCUAUUCUGGAAGGUUCGUCCUGCUGGUAUACUGCAAAGUUCUUCGUGACAAAAUAUGCCUACCUACAAGCUCACUUACUUCCCCGUCAAAGGCUUGGGCGAAACAAUUCGAUUUCUUCUGAGUUAUGGCGGCGUUGAAUUCGAGGAUGCACGCUUCCAAAUUGAAGACUGGCCAAAACUAAAGCCGUCAACGCCAUUUGGACAAGUACCAGUCCUUGAAGUGGAUGGAAAAAAAAUUCAUCAAUCACAAGCUAUCAGUCGCUACCUGGCUAAACAAUUUGGACUUGCUGGCAAGGACGAUUGGGAGGCUCUAGAAAUAGACGCCACUGUUGCUACUAUUGAUGACUUGCGCGCCAAAAUUGCAGCCUGGCAUUACGAAACCAUCGAAUCAGCAAAGGAAGCCAAGUAUGAGCCUUUGUUCAAGGAAAUUAUCCCGUUUUAUCUGGAACGUUUGGACGCUCAAGUCAAGGCCAAUGGAGGCUGGUUUGUCGGAAGUGCUUUGUCCUGGGCUGAUUUUUUCUUCGUCGCGUCACUCGACUACUACAAUUCUAUGACAAAAACAGAUAUCACUGAGAAGUACGACAAUUUGAAGCAGCUCAAAGCUAAAGUUCUUGAUUUGCCGAAAAUCAAGGCCUGGGUCGCCAAACGUCCGCACAGUGAUUUAUAAGCAUGAGUCUCUGCUUACGAAAAAUAUAUUCAAAUCUUUAUUCCAUUGUUAUGAAAUCACACUAAAAGUGGCCUGAUAUUUUAUACUACCCAACUACUAAGUACUUCAGUAAGUAAUCAUUAUUAUUGAAACCCCAAUAAUUGGCAGACAGUAGCCAUUAUGGUACACUGAUUUCUGAGAAACAAAUCGAAGUUCAUUCGUAAAAUAGUUUCUAAACAUAAGUGGUGAUUGACACAAAACUCAGUUGUUUUGGCAUACAAAUAUUACAGUCAACGAACGGCAAUAAUAUGUAGUUGGCUCCAUAGUGUCCAACUCAAACUGCCACCAGAAUAUUGUCGAUCGUUUGCCAUUGUACCUAUACACUGCGCUGUUUUAUACAGUAUUGCUUGUUUUCCAAAAUGCUGAGGCACAUCAAAUGAAUAUUGUAUGUACAAUUGUUCUGUGUGCCGAUGGGGUUUGCAUUUUCAAAGUAUUAUAAAUAAAGUUUAUAUUCAAAAA